GACAUGCCUUUACCAAUCCCCAUUAAGACAGUCGUCGGUGCAAUAACAAGUCACGUUUUGCAAGCAUAGCAUUAAUAUUCUAGUAACUAAGUAAUCUGAUUUUGAACCGCUCUGUAUUGAUAUAAUAAUUCAUUAAUAAAUCGGACGUGAGAAUAAACGUUUGUUUCCUUCUGCCACCUAUCCUCAUGGAUACACUUCAUGGCGACCCUGCUAUAUAAAAAUAAUAGCAGAAAUGACAACCGAAAAUUAAGACAAACGUAAGGAAGAAAAAUUCUAAAUUGAAGAAAGAAACAAUUUAAAUUCAAGAAAGAAGCACCAAAACAGAAGAAACAAUCUUAAUUCAAGAAAGAAGCAUCAAGACAGAAGAAACAAUCUUAAUUCAAGAAAGAAGCACAAAAGAAAACAUCAAGAGAGAAGAUGGGAAAAACUUAUUCAAAAGAAGAAACGGUAAUAGCUCAAAAUGCAAACGGUGAAGCCAAUGCCAGCACCAGUCAAGAGAUUGGACCACUGAUCAGUAUUGAGAAAACACUUUUGAUUAUAAUACUGAUCGUUUUACUUCUCGGAGCACUUUAUUUUAUCGCCAAAAAGUGCCAAAAGAGCGCAGUAAAAGUCUUAAGAAGAGAACUCAACGCCAGUACAUUUAGUGUUGUUUCACAACCCCAAGCAACAUCGGCAGUCUAGAACGAGGUGUCCAGGGAUUUGCCCGGCCCACGGAGUCCAGGGUAUAGCCCGGCCCAGUACCAGCGGAGUCCAGGGAUUAACCCGGCCCACGGAGUCCAGGGUAUAGCCCGGCCCAAAACAGCACCAUAUCCAGCGAGACUGUCAACUGAAGCCAUCAGUGGGAAAAGAAUUCCAGUUCGAGCACUCGUCGCCAGCGAGUCGCUACAUCGAAUCAGGUUUUAUUAUUUUUAGUAAAAUAUGGAUAGUUAAGUAACAAGUUACCUAUAAAUAGGUAAAUUCACUAAAUAAUAAUGAGAUACCGAUUGUAAUGCCUUUAAAAGAGUUGUUAUCUAUAUCAAGCAAGUUGAAAGAAAUUAAGGAUUAUCUUAUAAAAAUCGGUCCUGUACGGAGACAGACAUCCGAUACAGCAGAACAAAAAGUUUUAUUAGCUCAAACGGAAUAUUGUAAGUUGGAGUCUAUUUUGCUUGACGUACAAAGAAAAAUUGAAAAUUCUGAGUUAAGUCCUGAUAGUUUAAAGACAAUUAAUUCUAUCAUAAAUAAUAUACAUAUUUGUUAUAAUAAGAUCAUAAGCUUAUGUAAUAUAACUUCAAAGUCAUCAGAAACAUUAUCAAAGAUGGCUGCAGAAUCAUUUAAUUUAAAAACAGCCAUUGCACUUUUACCCAUAAUGACUGAUAAGGAACAAGACACUAAGCGUUUGAUAGAUAGUAUUCAAUUAUACAGUUCAAUGAUCAACGAUAACACCAAAAACCUACUAAUAGAGUUUGUUUUAAAGACUCGAUUGUCUGAAGGUGCGAAACUCCGACUAAAAGCUUCUUAUGCAACUAUAGACAGUUUGGUUACCGAUAUGCGUACAUAUUUAAUACAAAAGAAAUCAGCAGCAGCUAUUCAAUCGCAAAUUUUAAAUAGUAAUCAGGAGCGUCGAUCUAUUGAGCAGUUUGGCAAUGAAUUGGAAAAACUAUUCGUUGACUUAACUAUAGCACAGGCUGAUGGCGAUGACUCUAAGUUUAACAUAUUACGUCCAAUUAAUGAAAAGUUAGCAAUUAAACGUUUUUCAGACGGUUUGAGUAAUACGAGGCUAAGUACCAUAAUAGCUUCUCGCCAGUUUACGUCAUUGCCAGAAGCUAUUCGUACUGCAAUAGAUGAACAUACGUUAUUGCCAAACGAAGAUCACAUCAUGAACUUCAGAAAUCCUCCCAUUCAAAACCGGCCUUACAAUAGACGAGGCAAUACGUAUAUAAAUAGGGGUUAUAAAAAUUAUAAAUACAAUAACCUAUCGAAUAAUCAAAAUAUUUCACAAUCUAAUUACAACAAUAGGUACAUGCGCGGAAGCAACCGUGGGACACCGCGGGGCCGAGGUUUCGGAUUUCCUCGCACACCUGCAGGCGUGCAAUAUUUUCCGCGAAACAGUGAACAUUCACGUGUUCAAGUUAUUUCGCAAGAGUCGCAAGAACCAAUAAUAAAUGAACCAAGUAUGAGCAAUGAGUUUUUUCGUUCCUCUAAUGAAUGAUAAUAAUGUUUUUAACUACAGUAAAAGUAAUGUAGUUUCACUUAAUAUAAUUUCGGGUAAUUGUGCGACAUUUUUAGUAGAUAGCGGUGCUACUAUAUGUACUUUAAAAUAUGAAUGGUUAAAUGAGUAUUUAAUAAGUAAA